ACAUGCACCCUUUAAAAUAUUUAUAUGUUUUAACUAUUAUGAGUCUCAAGUACGGGAAUCCUUAAAACAAAGCUCAGGUCUAGACAGCAAACAGAAGAGUAGUCACUUGAGCAUAUUUUAGACCAUAGUUUAAAAAUCAUAGGCUUUUUUCAAUUUCAAAUUAAAAUGCUCAGUAAUGGUGCCAAUGAUUUCUCAGUUGAAAAGUCCUUCAGAAUAAAGCAGGAUGAUAGAUUCUUCUCCAGGCUAUUGGCUAAGGAGACCUCCGUGGCCAAUUCUUCUUCAAGGGUCUUAUAUUAUGGAGAAACAUCAGUUGCAGUUCCUUUCAUAUGGGAGGCACAACCAGGAACCCCCAAGCACCCUUUGUCUGAGACCUCUCUGCCUCCACUUACACCCCCACCUUCAUAUUAUUCCAAUUCCAAGUACAAUAACAAGAGAAGAAACUCAAAAGCCAAUAUGUUUUCAUGUUUUUUGCCAAGGUUUGCAUGCUCGAGGAAGACUCAUGUAUCACCAUCAUCAUCUCCGUCAUUUUCCACAUCUUCAUCAUCAUCAUGGUCAGUGGUAUAUCCAUCGUACUCAUAUUCCAUGAAAGACAAAGAUCAAAGAAGUCUCUCUUUCUCAAGCUCAACAGUUCCUGGCAUUCUUUUGGAACAUAAAGCUUCAAACGGAUUUAGAGGCCGCUAUCCUUCUAAGAACAUGAAGAAUGCCAUUGAAAGCCAUGGAGCAGUCUAAUUUAUGAAGGGCAGUAAUGGAAAGCCAUCAGCAAGCAGAGACGCAAGUUCUUGAUAGUGACAGUAGCAGCUGGAAGUAAUUAAGGACACAUAUAAUAAGUCUUAUGGCCAGUAUUCUGUUGACC